AUACUGGGCUCAAUGGAGAAUGGUUCGACUCGAUAUAGAGCCCCUCAUCCUCAACUUGUUAAUGUCCUGAAGCAAAGGCGAAGUGGUUACGAGCCAUCAGAUACAGAAACUGAUUGGCAAGACAGUCCAAUGCGUGAUCGAAAUAACAAAAAUGGAGCUUUUGGUUCUGGGAGUCCAAUUCAGUUGGAUUUACCAAGAAACAUCAGCCCUUUGAAGAACAGCAGGAGACAUUCUUCAAGAUAUGAUGAUUAUUCUACAAAGGACUCUGUUUCCAGUCCGCCUCGAAGGAGGCACAGCAGCAAGUCACCCUACAAGACACAAAGAGAUGAUGAUGGCGGUGGUGCUGUUUCACCUGAAUCCAGCCAGAGAAAUGUUAGUCCCUUGACAAAACCAGACCAGAGAAGACAAGCUUCUCCGUACAAGGUAAAAAGAGAGGAUCGUGGUGCUGUUUCACCCAAAUUCAGUAAGAGAAAUGUUAGUCCCUUGUCAAAACCAGAACAGGGAAGACAAAUUUCUCCUUAUAAACCCCGGAGGAAAAAUCAAAGAACACCUACUAGAGAAGAAAGGAGCACUCACUCGCAAUUUGACGAAGACAGUAGAUUAAGUGAGAGACUAAACGCUAGUCGUAGAAUGACAACUGCACCAAGACAAAGGACCUGGGGCAAGGAACAGGAAAACAACCAUGGUCAUAAAGAGCAAAAAGGGGGAAGAAGCCCAUCGCCUUUGUCAAGGAGUAUGAUCCGUGGACAAAGGGAAAGGGAAGUUUCUCAUACAAAAGCACCUUCUGUUGGUGAACUGAAUGAGAUGGUUGCUAACAUCAAGCUUUCUAAAGGUUCUAUGCUUAAUGCUCCGAAUUUUGAAAGCACGGAAUCUAUUCCACCUGGUGAUAUCUUCUUUUCUGUCGACCAGACAACCUUGGCGAUGCAGAAGAAUGCCAUAGUAAAGGACAACAAUGUAACCAAUUUGUACCCAAGGCCCACAAUGUUUCCCCACAUGGAUUCUGCUCUUCUUCAGCGUAAUAAAGCAAAUGCUAAUAUCAAUCAUAACUCACGGAGAACUUCGACAACUUCUGGUUCACGAAUGACUAUGACUUCCGCCUCUUCAGCAAGUAGGCGGAGUAGUAGCAAGCUUACCAGUGACGAUAGCAAGAUGAGUGAUGCAAGAGGUAGAACAAGUGGAAGCUUGAAAAAGUUCACAGCAAAUAGAAAGAAGAAGCAAUCAGAAGCUUGGUUUUCAUGUGUGAGGAAGGGGCCGUGCAAGACCUCAAAAUCACCUGAAAAAAAACGUUUUGAUGAAACAUCAUUCAUUGAGAAGGCGUUUGUGGUUGAGAGCUUGAGACAGUUUUGGGCCGAUAAGCAUCAACCUGAUUCAUUUAAUGGAUUUACAUGCCACAAACAUGAAGCUCAAAUUCUCAGUCAACUAGUAUCACAUGACAGCAUUCCUCACAUUUUGUUGAAAGGACCACCCGGUUCUGGUAAAAAAGCGCUAGCACUGGCUCUGAUUGGCGAAAUAUUUGGUGAUGCAUGUUGGAAUGAACAAAGGGUAGCAGCACAAGUAGCAAUUUCAAUAGCAUCCAGUGCUCACCAUGUAGAGAUCAAUGUAAAUUCGGAACCAAAUGCUAAAUAUGCAUUAAUGGGUUUAGUGAAGGAAAUAAGCAACACUUAUGCUAUUAACCCUGAAGUUAGCGAGGCCAAUUUUAAGCCAGACUAUAAAGUAUUAAUUCUUUAUGAGGUUGACAAAGCACCAGAUAACAUACAGCAUUUGAUAAAAUGGAUCAUGGACUGUUACACAGAUUCUUGUAAGCUCAUACUCUGCUGUGAAGAUGAUUCAGACAUCCCAGAAACCGUAAAAAAUAGCUGCAAAGUCUUAAAAGUCGAUGCUCCUGUAACCCACGAGAUCAUGGAAGUUCUCAUCCAAAUUGCAAGGAAAGAAGAGUUUGAUCUACCGAUGAACUUUGCUUCUAAGAUCGCUGCCAAAUCGAAGCAGAACGUGAGAAAAGCAAUCAUGGCUCUUGAAGCCUGCAAAGCACACAACUAUCCUUUUUCUGAUGAUCAGCCAAUUCCAUUUGGAUGGGAAGAGGUUUUGGUUGAACUUGCAACAGAAAUCCUGACUGAUCCCUCACCUAAUAAGCUAUUUUCUGUACGGGGAAAGUUUCAAAAGCUUCUCAUGGAUUUUGUUCACCCCAAACUCGUUCUCCUGAAAUUGGUAGAGCUAUUCUUGAAGGGAGUGGACGCUAAUUCAAAACGGGAGCUUUAUUAUUGGCAUGCUUAUUAUGAUAAGAGGCUCCCUACAGGAACAACUGCUCUGCUCAAGCUGGAAGAAUUUGUGGCCAAAUUCAUUAGCAUGUACAGGAAGAGCUCUGGCAAUAGUCAGUACGUGCAGUGAAGCUGGUUUUUGAAAGUCCUUAGCCACAGACUGAAGUGCCAUAUUAUGGUGCCGCUGUUAUGGAUGCUAAUGCAACUUGAAGUUCAGAUCUUCUGCCCCCGAUGGAUUAGCCCCUCCAAAUACAUUGCUUUAUUUUGCUUGAUUAUAACAUGAAAGAACACCAAUUUCUGUACACAAUGUCUGUUGUGUGUAUUGGUUUGAUAAAAGAUGAUCCAGAAGAACUGCUUGAUAAUCAUGCAGCAAUCAUCCCUGGACAAUGGUUGUACAAGUGCCUCAAAAAGGUAAGGGCAUAAGA